UAUUUCGUUAUUUUUGCGCGACGGUCGCAUUUGCAUUGACUGUCGCCUGCGUCAACUACACACUGCACACAAUGGGUUGGUUUUUUGCGGUAAUCGUUGCGCUCAUCGCACUGCUCCUAACAAGGUCUUGGCGCUGGUUCUACAUCGCGGGAGCAACAGCCAAACGAGAUUUUACCGCCUUGUUUGCCUAUGCUAAGCUGCUGCGCUAUACGAAGCGACAUGAACGCCUCAACAAUACGGUUGCCGAUGUCUUCGAGGAGAAUGUGCGGGCGCAUCCUGACAAGGUGGCCGUCAUGAGCGACACCCAGAGAUGGACAUUCCGGCAGAUGAACGAGCAUGCUAAUCGCAUUGCCAACGUCUUCCAGGCGCAGGGCUACAAAAAAGGUGAUGUUGUCGGUCUGCUGCUGGAAAAUCGGGCGGAAUACAUGGCUACCUGGUUGGGUCUGUCGAAAAUUGGCGUCAUUACGCCGCUGAUCAAUACAAAUCUGCGUGGACCGUCGCUGUUGCACAGCAUAACGGUGGCCCACUGUGUUGCGCUCAUCUAUGGCGAGGAUUUCGUUGAGGCCAUCGGCGAUAUUAGCAAAGAACUGCCCACAGAUCUCACGCUCUUCCAGUUCAACAACGAGAACAACAACAGCCAAUCGGAAGCAGUUAAAAAUAUGCGCAAUUUGAAUACGCUGCUAUCAGCGGCUAGCGUUGAGAAACCCGGCAAAACUCAGGUGGCCCAUCAUGACAAGCUUGUCUAUAUCUAUACAUCUGGCACAACAGGGCUGCCUAAAGCAGCUGUUAUCUCCCAUUCACGCUAUUUGUUUAUUGCCGCCGGCAUCCACUAUACCAUGGGCUUCAACGAUGACGAUGUGUUCUAUACACCGUUGCCGCUGUACCACACCGCUGGUGGCGUCAUGUGCAUGGGCCAAGCGGUGCUUUUUGGCUCCACUGUCUCCAUACGCAAGAAGUUUUCGGCUUCCAACUAUUUCGUGGAUUGUGCCAAAUUUAAUGCAACUAUCGGUCAAUACAUUGGCGAAAUGGCUCGCUAUAUUCUGGCCACGAAACCCUCGGAACAUGAUCGGGCACAUCGCGUCCGUUUGAUGUACGGCAACGGAUUGCGUCCACAGAUUUGGCCGCAGUUUGUUAAACGUUUCAACAUUGCCAAAGUGGGUGAAUUCUAUGGCGCCACCGAGGGCAAUGCGAAUAUUAUGAAUCAUGACAAUACUGUUGGCGCCAUUGGCUUUGUGUCCCGCAUAUUGCCCAAGAUCUAUCCGAUAUCGAUAAUACGCGCCGAUCAGGACACCGGAGAGCCCAUCCGCAACAAAGAUGGCCUCUGUGAGCUGUGCGAGCCAAAUGAGCCGGGCGUCUUCAUUGGUAAGAUCGUCAAGGGCAAUCCAUCGCGUGAAUUUCUGGGCUAUGUCGAUUCCAAGGCAUCGGCCAAGAAGAUUGUCAGGGAUGUGUUCAAGCAUGGCGAUAUGGCCUUCCUUUCCGGCGAUCUGCUCGUUGCCGAUGAGAAGGGCUAUUUGUACUUUAAGGAUCGCACCGGCGAUACAUUCCGCUGGAAGGGUGAAAAUGUGUCCACCAGCGAGGUUGAGGCACAGGUCAGCAAUGUCGCUGGCUACAAGGAUACCGUGGUGUACGGUGUAACCAUACCGCACACCGAAGGACGUGCCGGCAUGGCCGCCAUCUACGAUCCAGAUCGAGAACUCGAUCUGGAUUUGUUUGCCACCAAUCUUGCCAAAGUGCUGCCUGCCUAUGCGCGUCCACAGAUACUGCGACUGCUCACCAAGGUGGAUCUGACGGGCACAUUCAAGCUACGCAAAGUGGAUCUGCAAAAGGAGGGCUACGAUCCGAACGUGGUGCACGAUGCGCUCUACUAUCAAACGGCCAAGGGGCGCUACGAAGAGCUUACGCCCAAGGCCUAUGAGCAGCUGCAGCGCAACGAGAUUCGAUUUUAAGGACUCUUAACGGAGAUGAUGCUCCCCUUUUAGUAAUUGGUGUUUUGUGUAGUUUUCUUCACCUCUAUUCCUCUCCUGUUAAUUAAUUUGUAAGCGCCUCCCCACUUUGCACACAUUCGAGCUAUGCACUUUGUUAUGAUAUUCAAAUAUUUUUGUAUUUAGCAUAUAUAGUUAAUUAGUGCAUUUUCUUUUUGUUGCUUUUAAUCGCAUUUUGAAUAGUUUUGUAAGAGACUCAAAACAUUUGUUAAGUGCAAUUUGUACGUCUGAGCUUUAUGUGUGUUUUUUAUGCGUGUCUGUGUCUGUGUGUGUGAGUGAGUGUGUGAGUGUUUAUGUGUGUGUGCAUCUUAUUGUUAGUCAUUUAGUAGCAACUAUAUUUUUUGUAUACAAUUUUUUAUGUAUGACCUGCAUUAUUUUAUUAUUAUUAGCCUGUAUAUAUAUAUAAAUGAGCAGCCAUUUGGUUUCUGUCAAUCCUAUCAAGUCCCCCACUCGCCGCUUAUCUAUCCAAUAAAGUUCUAUAUCGAUUAUUUGAA